AUGAAACAAAAGCAAACAUCAAAGGCUCACUCAGUGCCGAAUUCGACAACUCUACCUUCUCCUCAAAAGAGUGCUAAGACUUCUUCUGGGAAUGUUCAAAAAAGUCCAGGAAAAGUUCAGAGUAAAAAGAGUGGGUCAUCAUUAGGUCAAAACAAGACACAAGAGUCCACUUUGGUAAAGCCAAUGAAGGAAUCAUCAGCCACUACUAUGGUGUCUUCACCGAUUCAGGAAGGGACAACCAUCAACAAAGAAGAGAAACAUGUACCCGAUGUAAAAGAAUAUGCGGAUGAUGCACAAGAUCCCAUGGAAAGAUCACAAGAAAUUGAAGCGCUACAGUCGAUUUAUUGGGAAGAGUUCAAGUUAUUAACAUCGGAUCAAUUUGAAAUUACAAUUCGUGGAAAGUUAGACUUGACUUUUCCUUCUCCAGACACCAUUUCUCAAGGACAUUUCUCGGUAUCGGAAAUUCCAUUUAAAGCGUCACAUAUUGGUUUGAUGCUAAAACUUACUCAAGUACAUGGCUACCCAUCAAAAACUAUUCCCAAUAUUGAAUUAUUCCCUUUAUAUAAGAUUGAUAGUAUUUUAGAUUUAUUGAACAAAUCUUCACAAGUCUAUGCACAAGUCAAUCUCAAAAAAGUAUUGCUUGACGAAGAGCUUUCUGCUCUAAAGAAAAUUCUUCAAGAAAAAGCAGAAGGAAUGAUAGGAUCUGUUAUGGCAUAUGCUCUUAUUCAAGAAAUUGACGAGUACUUAGAAAAACACAAUAUUGACGCAAAAGAAGCAGAGGAAGAGUUCUUGCGUGUCCAAGAAGAGAGGAAAAUUGUCAAGAGUUCUGUCAUUUUGCGUGUAACCAGAGAUAGCGAGAUUGAAAAGGAAGAAAACAAAACUUCGGUAAAAAUUGAUGCAAAAUAUGGAAAGGAAGUUGAGACUCAGGAUGUUGAAAAGUUAGCUCAAAUUCAAAAGAGAAAGUUCAAUAGCAAAUCGAAUGUUAGUUUGGAAAACAUACAAUUUUUCGGUCUCGUUGAAGGGAGAAUUACGGUCAACCAUUUUGUCAACCAAGCUUCAGAGUAUUCACAAAUUCUUCCACAUGAGAGUUAUUGGUUAAAUCGAUACGGUCAUGCAUCUGCAGCACAAGAUAGCUCUUUUUUUAUGGCCUUUGGAGGUAUUUUUAAUGGUUCUUUUAGCAGAGAUUUAGUUUAUAGCAAAGACGACAAAGCUUUCUUGCGACUCAACAAUCCUGCAGUGUUUGCAAGAAUAUUUCAUACUUUUAACUACAUGCCAUCUUUGUCUUCGUAUAUUCUCAUUGGUGGACUUGGAGAACUAGGUGAAGUUUACAAUGAUUGUUGGAUUUAUUAUACAAUUACAUCAGGUUGGAUUAAUGCAAAACCUCUUCCUUACAAAUGUCAUAUGCACACCACUAGUGUUUCUGGGAACAAAGUAGCAUUAUUUGGUGGAUUUGAUGGAGAAAAUUAUAUUGGAACUUUAAGCGUAGGAAUUUUUGAUGACCCUUUUUACAACAGCAUAGAUAAUCGUUGGAGCGUCAUGAAAUAUCCUCAUGGACCCUCUCCCAGAGCUGGAUGCUCGUCUUUUAUUUAUGGUGAUGUAGUAUAUAUAUACGGAGGAAAAGAUGGUUCUACUUAUUUCAAUGAAAUGUAUACCUUCGAUUUGAAUAUGAAAUAUUGGGUCAAUGUUAUCCAAUUUGGUACCUGUCCUUCUGUUGCAUUUGCAGGCAAUUUUUGUACAGGAAACAAUUCCAAUUCCAUGCUUCUUUAUGGAGGAUAUAAUGGAACAGAAUGGAACAAACGAUUGUAUGAGUUUUCAUUAAGUACUAAUACUUGGUCACUUCACGUCAAUAAUCUCAUAGAUCAUAGAAUUGCAUUUUGUAGUGUUCAUGAAGUUUCUAAGGGAAAGUUAGGCAUUUCUGGCGGGCUAGACAACAAAAUGAAACUAAAGGGAAUGAAACGUUUGGAACAAGCAAUGAUACAAAAAGAAAUGCCAAGCCAAAAUGACAGUCUACGAUAUUUGUCCAGUGUCACAAAAUAUACCAUGUCAAAGUCCAACGUGGGAGAGGCAUAUUUUAAUUGGAUUACUUCACAAAAGGAAAGAGACUCUGAUCUAGUCAUUAGAUAUUUUUCAAAAGAUGAAAAUGGUUAUCUUGAAGAACAACAUAUAUAUUGUAAUCGUUUGAUUCUGCAAGCCAAUCCAACGUUUUGCAGAAUCUUGUCAGUUCAAGCAAUUCGAGACAAUCAAACAUUUGAACAUGUGGACAAAGAGAAAACGAAUGCACCUAUAAUUUAUCCUAAAAUGUAUUUAGACAUUCAAACACACACAGGAUUCGAGGAAAUUCCAUUCAACAUUUUGUUGGCAUGCAUCCAAUUUUUGUAUUCCAACGCAUUUGAGAGUAGACUAGUGACCACGGAAAAGGAUGCGCUCGAUCUCUAUGAUUAUGCCAACAAAUUUAAGCUCAAGCUUUUGUGCGAGCUUCUUUGUAAUUGCCCAACCUCUACCUCCUUCGAGAGUACUAUUAUUACAGACCUUGAAAAACUUUUGCCAUCAUUCCUUAAAUGUUAUCCAGUCUCUGUUGAGGAACAAGAAUUUCUUAACACAAGAGAAGACUUUGAAAUGUAUAACAGUGGUGAAGAUAAUAAGCUUGGAGAUAUUGGUAUUGUCAGAAUUGUCGCUCCAGAUUUGUAUUCAAAAAUUACAGUGGAGAGAGCAAGAUAUAUUAACGCAAUUAAUGCUGCACAAGAAGAACCCCUUGAAGAACCUCCUCAUGAAGACACUAUGUUAACUCCAGAAGAUCUUCUAUCCGAAGAAGCCAUUGAUGAAGAACUUUUAACCACUCUCGAUGAAUAUGGAGCUCACAGUGACUGGAUUCAUGACAAGAAAAUUCAAAGUCAUGGAAAUGAGCAAAUUGAAUGGAAAUGUGUUUUUGCUCACAAAGGAAUUUUAACGAAUCGAUCGGACUUCUUUUCAAGCAUGUUUGACAUGAAUUUUGUGGAAAAUAGAAAUAAUGAGAUUAGAAUUAAUGAUACUUCCAUUCAAACCAUUGAAUCCAUCAUUUAUUGGAUGUAUACAGGAAAGUUUCCAAACGUGCAAUCUGAAAAUGCUAUUGAAUUAUUUGUGGCAUCCUGUCAAUUCAACUUGGCUCCUCUCAAAGAUUGGUCGAGACUGUUUAUUCAAAAGUAUAUUGACUUUGAUAAUGUUACCACAAUUAUAGAAAUGGCAGAAGUUCUUGGAGACGUCGAUUUGAAAGCUUCAUGUGUCUGUUUUAUGGCGAAUCGAUUUGAUAUCAUUUCCAAAGAUCCCGGUUUUGCUCAAUUACCAUUCCACUUGCAAUUAGAAGUUAAGUCUCUCAACAACAAGAUUAAGAUUAAAUCCAAAAAGAAGAGAUCUCAACCUCCAAGCAAACCUUUGCGAUAA